AUGACACUGCCUAAGAAAGGGAAGCUGCUGUUGUUCCUGGCUUCUCAGAUGGUAGUUCUAGCUCUCUUCUUCCAUGUGUCCAGCCAUGGGGGAUUGUUCCAGAACAAAGAGCCCAGGAGGCCUGUGCAUGUGCUGGUCCUGUCUUCCUGGCGGUCAGGAUCCUCUUUUGUGGGGCAGAUUUUUGGGCAGCACCCAGAUGUCUUCUACCUGAUGGAGCCUGCAUGGCAUGUGUGGAUGAGUUUCACCACCAGCACCGCCCGGAAGCUGCAGAUGGCGGCUCGGGACCUUUUGCGUUCUGUCUUCCUGUGUGACAUGAGUGUCUUCGAUGCCUACAUGAAGCCAGGCCCCCGAAAACAGUCCAGCCUCUUCCAGUGGGAGCAAAGCCGGGCCCUGUGCUCAUCACCUGUUUGUGACUUCUUCUCUAGUGACCAGAUCAGCUCACCUAACAAUUGCAAGAUGCUCUGUGCUCAGCAGCCCUUUGAUAUGGUGGAGAAGGCCUGCGGCUCUCACAGCCAUGUGGUACUCAAGGAGGUGCGUUUCUUCAACCUGCAGGCCCUUUACCCACUGCUCACAGACCCCUCCCUCAACCUGCAUGUCGUACACCUGGUCCGAGACCCCCGGGCUGUGUUCCGAUCUCGGGAACACACCAGAGGAGACCUCAUGAUUGACAGUCAUAUUGUGCUAAGGGAGGAUUUGAAAAUGAUCAAGGAGGAGGACCAUUCCUAUUAUGUCAUGCAGAUCAUCUGCAAAAGCCAUGUAGACAUAGUCAAGGCCAUCCAAGCCCUGCCUGAAGCCCUGCAGCAGCGCUUUCUGCUCCUGAGGUAUGAGGACCUGGUUCAGGCACCCCUGGCCCAGACCUCCAAGCUAUAUGAAUUUGUGGGGUUGAAAUUCUUGCCGCAUCUCCAAACCUGGAUUCACAAUGUCACCCGUGGCAAGGGCAUGGGCCAGCAUGCCUUCCACACUGGCUCCAGGGAUGCCAUCAAUGUCUCCCAGGCAUGGCGUUGGUCCUUGCCUUAUAAAAAGGUUUCUCAACUUCAAGAUGUCUGUAGCGAGGCUAUGGAUUUACUGGGAUACCUCCAGGUCAAAUCCCAACAAGAGCAAGGCAACCUGUCACUGAAUCUUCUGUCUUCCUCCCACACCUUGGGGAAAGUCUACCAAGAAGGCUUAGGGGGUCUGUCCGUACCAGACGGUUCCAGCCUCGGCCACCAUUAA